GCAUGUCGCCCCUUCUCCCGUAGCAAUUGGAAACUGUACUCUCGAAAUUCUUGACGAGUUCGUCUAACUUAGAUAAACAAGCCAGUUCGGCAAGUCCAAUUUCGCGAAAGAGGUAACUCCUCGAAUCCAACACGGAUGGGCAGCGUUCGGGAAGCUCUGUAAAAUCUUCUCGUCCCAAAUACCACAGUGUCUGAAGACAAAUGUUUUUAACCAAUGUGUGUUGACAGUGAUGAUUUACGUUACGGAGACGUGGUCGUUAACUAUGAGCCUGAUCAGAAAUCUCAUGGUCAUUCAGUGGGCAAUGGAGAGGGCCAUGCUCGCGCAGUUUCCCUUCGAGAUCGAAUCAGAAAGGAGGAGAUCCGUAGGAGAACCAAAAUUACCUACAUAGCCCAUUUGGUUGCGAAACUGAAGAGGCAGUGGGCAGGGCACAUAGCUUGAUGGACAGAUGUCUGUUGGGGCAGAAUAGUCCUCUAAUAGCGACCACGUACCCCCACAAUGUGGACCGACGAUCUGGUCAAUAUCGCCGGAAUAUAUUGGGAUGAGGGCAGGGCCGGACCAAUCAUCGUGGAGAUCUUUGAGGGAAGCCUUUGUCCAGCAGUGGACGUCUUCCGGCUGAUGAUGAUGACGAAUAUUCUCAUUAUCACUUCCUUAAUAGUUAUUGAUUGUUUGUUGAAAUUUUGAGAAACUUUUGGUGUAAUAGUGAAAUAAUUAAAAAGUUUUACUCCAACAGCGCGUAAAGAUUACAUGCGCACACUUUUUGCAUGAAAUUUAUCAGUUGCAAAAUAUGACAAAGAAGAUAUCAACAUACCGUAGUUACGAUUCUUAUCUUUGUUUUGAUGGCUAUCUUUAUUGGGGCCUUGUACUAUAAUUUUUACGUAAUAUUUAUUUAGAAAAAAAAUACAGCAUUGAGCAUUAUUUUGAGUAAUUUGAAUGAGACAGCUGUUACGCUUGGUAAAACAAGGACAUAGGUGCAUGAAUUCGGAAAGUAGUCCUAAGACCUAUAUAUUUUUCAAAUUUGUGUUCUCAAUUUCUGAUCUAAAUAGUUGACAAAAUUUUUAUUCAUGUUAAACAUAAAUGGUGAGCGAUUUAUUUGUGAUAUUACUAUCAUGCCAGCCUGUAACCAAAUAUCAAGUUAUAAUUUUUACGCCUUUUGGCAAUGUCAACCAUUAAGGUCAUGUUUCGCAUGACACAGAUUAGCAUAUAUGUGCUUAUCGCUGCUAUUUUAGUAUCAUGAUUUCAGCGGAAUAUACUGGCGUAAAAAAGGCCUUAAAAGGAAUACGAAUAGGCACUUAGUUUAAUAAAAUACGUUCUCGACAAUUUCCUUCUCCAAAAAUUAAACAAUCAUUAACAAAAUUUUGGAAACUGAAUUGGAGGCAAAUAUUCUAUGUCGGAUAUCGUAUUUGUAUACUAGGCCUCUGUUUGCGGUCUUUAUAAGCCGUUUGAAGCACUUUUUGAAGUAAGCACUAACAAAAAGAAUAAAAGAGAGACACGUUAACAUGAUAUCUUUUGAUCUUAUUAAAAAAUGAUUUUGAUCUAGGGUUAUAUACGAAGGAGAAAAGUGGCGAGAAAGUUUGUUUGAAAAAAUGAUCUCUAAUGUCACAUGAAAAAUAUGUUUUAUUCGUGUGCUCAUGCUUCCUCUUAUGUGACUCGCAAAUCGUUUGAGUGCGCCUUAAUGGCGUGGAUCACGUUAUUCGGAUUGACAGUUUCUGUGGUCCCAACAAUAAAUUAAAUUGACGUGCAAGAUUACAAUCUAAAAGAAAAAAACUGCGUCAUUACAAAGUAUCAUAAUAAUCAUUUUUAGAAGUUGCGUCAUAUUGUACGACCAGCACAUUUCUAAAAAAACAAAGGAAUCCUAAAACAUGUCCUCAAAAACAGAUCUUUAUCGAUGAAUUUAUCUUUAUGAAAUAUAAUAUAAAAACAGUUCAUUCCGAUAAUAAUACUCACACCACCACCAGUCACAAUUAUUUAAGUAACUAUCGAAUUUAUCUAAUAUGACAACCCAGUGGGAGGCUCAAGAUAAGGUAUUUUUAAUCACUGGAGGUGCGUCAGGCUUGGGUGCAGAAUAUACAAAACUAUUUUUGGAACAAGGAGCUAAGAAUAUCGCUGUGCUGGACAUCGCUGAAGAUGUUGGCAAAACCUUAGUUGCAUCACUCAAUGAAAAAUAUCCCGGGAAGGCGGCUUUCUUCAAAUGUGAUGUCAGUAAAGAGGAAAAUAUAAAAACUGCCUUCCAACAAGUGCUGGAUGCGUACAAGAAGAUAGAUGUCAUAAUUAAUAACGCAGGAAUCAUGAACGAUUCACCCAAUGUCUGGAGAAUAUCGUGUGAUGUUAAUUGGCAAGGUGUUGUUUCCUUCACGCUGAAAGGUUUGGACCAUAUGCGAAAAGACGAAGGUGGAGCAGGUGGUACUAUCAUUAACAUAUCAUCUGUAGCUGCAAUAUUCAGAAUCCCACAUUUACCAAUCUACUGCGGAACCAAAAUAGCUGUUUUACACUUUAGCCAAUGUCUCGCGAUGUCCCCAGUCAUGGAUAAGACUGGUGUACGUAUCUUGACCAUAUGCUUUGGACCAACUGAUACACCCUUGAUGGAAGAUGGUUUGGAACGGUCUGUUGAUCGUAAAGCAGCAGAAAUAAUUUUAGCAGCAAUAGAACCCAAAUUUCAGAAAGUUGAAUCAGCAGUGAGCGCCUUAUUAACAAUGUUCAAGGAGGGAGAGCUGGGUUCCAUCUGGUACUCAAUUAAAGACAAACCAGUGAGGGACAUCACUUUGGUCGUUAAACGCGCUUUUGAUGAAUUUGAGAACAUGUGGUUCUCUGAGCCUUAGAUCUGUGCUUCCGCAUAUAAUAAGUGUGCUAUCAUUCGGGCUUCAAAGAUAUUCUUUUUUACAAUGACUUCAACAAAGUAAACAAUGCAACAACCAGACAACAACACAUUACGCAAAAUAUAUUAGAUUUAUUUUGACCUGACAUACGCCUUUUCUUGCCUGGCUAAGAAACAACUAACAAUACUAUGAAUAAUGUAUAAUACUACUACAAGUCAAUCAAUAAAUAAUAGGGAAUUGUGAGGGUAGGAGCGGUAUAAUUAUUAUGCAACUUAAUGAAUACUCAUCUUAAUGAAAUUGUUUGACAACCGUAUGAAAUUUUCAGUAUUGUUCUUUUUCACCGACUUCAAAAAGGAGGAGGUUAUCAAUUCGAUCGGUAUUUUUUUUAUGUAUGUACACCGAUUACUCUGAAAUAGUAAGCCAAAUGUAAUAGUAAGUAGCUACACUCGCCACGCGUUGACUUAUAGCUUCGUCUAGAACAAAACAACCCAAGCGGACAGACACUCAUGGCCAGCAACCUUAAUAAUUACAGUAAGUAAGCUGUUUAUAAUAUUAAGUUUUAUUUUGUUUAGGGCUUGGCACCGACUUAAGACCUAUUAUAUAAUAAUUAAUAUUAAAGAUAAAGGUGUUUUAAAUAAAAUUUUUAGUUAUUUGAUACUUUUCAGUUUUUGAAGUCGGUUUUUUUAAACGUAGUUUUUUUUAUUAAGUCUUAGUCAUGCCUAAGCACAGUGCAUAAAAACGUAUGUUACAUAAAAAAAGAGAAUAAUGGCAAAGAGUUACUAGCAUACCUUUUGCAGAUCAGUAUUACAUGGAAAGCGAAAUUGUAUACGUAAUACUAAUAGGCUAAGUUGAAAAUAUAUGAUUUAUAAGAUGG